GAAAUUUGUUUGUCGUAUAUUAUUUAAUGGUUAUAUUUACAACAAAGUUUCCUUACGAAUUUUAAUUUUUAAAUAUCGAUUAAUUAUAAAUAAUAUUAGUGAUGGCAGGAGGAUUUACUGAAACGGCAUUCAUUAAGAAAUUAGCUGAAUUAAAUAAUUCCUCGCAAAGUAUACAGACUUUAAGUUUAUGGUUAAUCCAUCAUAGGAAACAUUAUAGUACUGUAGCGAAAAUAUGGAUUAGAGAACUUAUUAAAGCCAAAGAUUCGAAAAAAUUGAUCUUUAUGUACCUCGCUAACGAUGUAAUACAAAACAGUAAAAAAAAGGGGCCGGAAUACGGACAAGAAUUCAGUUUACAUUUGAAAAAAGCUUUCGAACAUAUGUCUAAAUGCGAUGAAAAAACUAAAAACAGUUUAGAUAGAUUAUUAACUAUAUGGAACGACCGUGGUAUAUACGAUAGUUUAUUGAUAACAGAAUUUCAAAGAGCGUUAGUUUUGGGAUACGAACCGCCAAAUAAAAAACCUAAAAUUAGUGAUAAGAAGAGGAGUCCUACUAGGGAGAGAAGGAAAUCGGAGACUGAGAAAAUUGUGGAGCAUUCGGAUGGUUCGAUUGAAACUCACAUACAAUUGAGUCCACGUACACCCGCGGGAGAUCCACCGGAACCAGAAGAAUUAAUAAAAGCCAUUCAAGAUUUGGAAAUUAAUAUAGCUUCGUCUGACGAAAUCGUUAGGGAACGAAUAGCAAAAUUACCCAGGGAAGUAUCUGAAGUAUCUCUAAUUUCGAAAAUACAAGAUAAAGAAGCUGCGGAAAAAUUAAGCGCCCAAGUCGGAGAAGCCGUUCAUUUACUUAGCCAGUAUAAUCAUAGAUUAUCAUCUGAAAUGGAACACAGGAAGAAAGUGUCCGUUAUGAUGAGAGAUUAUUUGCAUUUGCAAGAGGAGUUGUUGGCUCAAGCUGAAAGAAACUUGGAAGAAUAUCAGGAGAAAUUAUUGAAGGUGUUUAAUGUGAGAACAGAAUUGCAUAAUCACAUCAGGAAUCUACCAGAUUUGACUCAAUUACCUAACGUUACGGAUGGUUUAGCACCUCUACCUUCUGCUGAACAUUUAUUUAUGCAGUAAAUAUUGUUGGUCACGUUUAAGAGAUGUUUAUGUACGCGGGGUGUCGAGUUAAGCAUGAAUUUUGGUUUUUAUUUCAGUGUCUCAAGUUUAUUUAUUUUUUUUUCAUUGAGGAUUUUAGUUAUGUACAAUUUAUACUCGAUUAUCUAGCGUGUACUAUUUUAUCAUUUGAUUUAAUGGUUAGAUUUUGAUGUAAUAUAGAAAUUAAUAAGUUU